GCAAUUCACAGUGCGAAGAAAUGUCAUUAGUGAAUUUAUUAGUGUUUUAAAUAAUUAUAAUCAACCAACUUUGUCUACACUAGGUUAAGUCAAAUCGUGGUUAGAAGGUGGCUAAUGGGAGCUAUCAUCGGGUUGUUGGUAUGUACUGUAUGCGCAUUGGCAUCCGACAACGCACAGUUAGACCAACAAGUCGCAGUCAGCGUCCCAGGCGAUAUAAUUCUAGGUGGUUUAUUUCCGGUCCAUACGAAGGGCGACAAAACACCAUGCGGAUCCCAAAUUUACCAUCGAGGCGUGCAACGUUUGGAAGCGAUGAUGUUUGCAGUGGAUAAAAUUAAUAGAGAUCCAAAUAUUCUGCCCAACGUCACCCUUGGAGUUCACAUUUUAGACACCUGUUCCCGGGAUACUUACGCCCUAAACCAAAGCUUACAAUUCGUCAGGGCAUCUCUAAAUAGCAUCGAUACGUCAUCUUUCGAGUGCGCUGAUCAUUCGUUGCCAUUGCCAAGGAACAAUUACUCCGGUCCGGUGUUCGGAGUGGUUGGUGGAUCUUACAGUUCAGUUUCCCUUCAAGUCGCCAACCUAUUGGGACUUUUCAACAUUCCGCAAAUAUCCCCAGCGUCUACUGCAAAGGCUUUAAGCGACAAAUCGAGAUUUAAAUAUUUCGCCCGGACUGUUCCUCCCGACACUUUUCAAUCGAGCGCUUUAGUAGACAUUGUCAAAAGUGUCAAUUGGUCCUAUGUGUCUACAAUCUAUUCCGAAGGUUCCUAUGGAGAAUACGGAAUAGAGGUAUUCCACAGAGAAGCGCAAGAAAGAAAUGUCUGCAUUGCCACCGCUGAGAAAGUGCCCAGUGCCGCAGAUGACAGAGAGUUUGAUAAUAUCAUCAUAAAGUUGAAAAAGAAAAUCAACGCCAAAGGUGUGGUCCUAUUCACGAGAGCGGAGGAUGCUAGGAGAAUUCUGCAGGCAGCCAAGAGACUAAAUGCCAGUCACACCUUCUACUGGGUGGCGAGCGAUGGCUGGGGUAAACAACAGAAAUUGGUUGAAGGAUUAGAGGACGUAGCAGAAGGGGCAAUCACGGUCGAAUUACAGUCCAAUCAUAUUCCUGGUUUUGACGACUACAUGAUGUCACUUACACCUGAGAGAAACACACGUAAUCCCUGGUUCGAGCAGUAUUGGGAGGAUACAUUCGGUUGUGUUCUGGAGAAAAACAUCCCUCUGGAGACGAAUCAUACUUUCAACGUUUGCAGUAAUGAUUUGAGGCUAUCGCAAAGUGUUGGAUACGAGCAGGAAAGUAAAGUGCAAUUCGUAGUAGAUGCGGUGUACGCUUUCGCACUGGCACUUCACAAUCUACACGAGGACCUUUGCAAAGAUUAUAACCAAUCUGGCGUUUGUCCCGCUAUGACCCAAUACGACGGUGGUGAUUUUUACAAGAAAUACUUGUUAAAUGUUUCAUUCAUGGAUUUAGCAGGUAGUCCUGUAAAAUUCGAUACCAGCGGGGACGGUUUGGCCAGAUAUGAUAUCUUGAACUACCAACGAUUAUACAAUGCAUCUACUACCGGAUAUCAUUACAAAAACGUGGGAAAAUGGUUCAACUCUCUUCAGCUCAAUCCCAACAACCUUGUAUUCGAGAACAAUGCUACUUUUGUGCCAACAUCCGCGUGCUCCUUACCAUGCGAUCCGGGAAUGAUAAAGAAACAACAAGGAGAUACAUGCUGCUGGAUAUGUGAUAAAUGCGAGGACUAUGAGUUUGUGUACGAUGAGUUCACAUGUAAAGAUUGCGGACCGGGAUACUGGCCUUAUGAAGACAAAUUAUCUUGCUAUGCACUCGAAUUGCAGUAUAUGCGCUGGAACACUCCCUACGCUUUCGUGCCAGCAGCGUUCUCUUGCCUAGGAAUUCUAGUCACUUUUGCUGUUAUUAUCCUUUUCGUCAAACACAAUGAUACUCCGUUAGUCCGUGCGUCCGGCAGGGAACUGAGUUAUAUGCUGCUCUUCGGUAUUCUCUUGUGCUACCUAAAUACUUUUGCUCUUCUGGCUAAGCCAACAACAGAAAUUUGCAUCACUCAAAGAUUUGGCGUCGGUGUUGGAUUCUCCAUUAUAUAUGGUGCACUCCUUACUAAAACUAAUCGGAUUUCCCGUAUUUUCGAUUCUGCUUCCAAAUCCGCUCAACGACCAAGCUACAUCAGCCCCAAAUCUCAAGUCAUCAUCACUUGUUCUUUAAUAUCUGUUCAAAUUAUUCUCACUCUGGUUUGGAUGAUUGUUGAACCACCGGGCACCAGAUUCCAUUACCCUACCAGAAACCAGGUUAUUCUGAAAUGCAAAAUCCAGGACAUGUCAUUUUUAUUCAGCCAGCUAUACAAUAUGGUUCUGAUUACUACUUGCACAGUGUACGCUGUUAAAACCCGCAAAAUCCCAGAAAACUUCAAUGAAUCGAAAUUCAUCGGCUUCACAAUGUACACCACUUGUAUCAUUUGGUUGGCUUUCAUUCCCAUUUACUUCGGCACUGGAAACGCCUAUGAGACUCAGCUUACUACUUUAUGUGUUGCCACUAGCAUGAAUGCUACUGUCGCUCUGGUUUGUCUUUAUUCACCAAAAGUAUACAUUAUCGUACUUCAUCCAGAUAAAAACGUCCGUAAAUUGACUAUGAACAGCGCUGCUUACAAGAAAUACAAUUCAAGUUCUGCUCCACCAUCCUCUUACGCUCCCGCUCCCUCUACUGCUACUCAAAAACUGAGCUCUGACGGAACCGAAACCAUUUUAAUGCAACGUAUUGGCGGAAAUACUGCAACUACUACUACAACUACUACUACCACCACUACAAACAAUACUCCCAACACGCCAUCAAGAACAUCAUGCAGUGGAACAAACGCUGAACCACUGGACAGCAUAGCUCUGCUAUAGGGAAGGCCCUCGACUGAUGACCCUCCUGAUACCGGACAAGCUGUACCUACUGUGGCUGACGUUCAUAUUUAAAUCUCUCUAAAAAAUUACCGAAGAUCCUGAUAUAAUAAACCACCGACCUUUGCACUGGCUUACGGCUCUAAUGUAUUCCAAAGUCUGAAUGCGAUUUAUUUGUUAUGUUUUAAAGAUGUCAAUACUUGGUCAAUUAAGGAGACAUAUUAUAUUGAAGAAAUGAAAUACGCGGAAAGAGAUAUAUUGCAAAUGACAUAAUAAUCGUUCUUUUUAUUUGAGGCAUUCGGAGUUUUAUUUUGUAUUAACUCAAGAUUACUUUUUAUUACAUAUGCUCUCAAAAAUAUUCAAUUCAAUUCGAUUGAAGCAGACUGAUGAGGGCAUAUGUUAAAUAUGUUGUGAUAUUUUAGUUUAAUUUUUUAUAUUAUCUUCGAAAUUUUAGUAAAAGAGUGACUAUAGAAUUAAUAAUUAAAACCGUUAUCAGACAAUGAAUGCCAUUUUAACAAUCGGUUUUGAUUAUUUAAAUCUGUAAUUAAAUUAUGUUGUCUAUUUUUAGGAUAUUAUUUAUCUAAUGUAGGUAUAUUACGAUGAUAUAAUACGUGUUGUGUUUAUUCCAAGUCUACAAGAAGAUUAAAAUUUU